AUACAGGCGCUCAAAUACUUUUACUAGAAAUAAUGUCUUCACAGAUUCUAGUGUCACGGCCUCAUUAUGACACACGGGUCGUGGCGCAGAAUGGCUCACAGCCACCAGUGGAAAACCCGGAGAUCGCCGUUAAACAGAAUGUAUACUCGGGAACAUCCACCGGUUUGACCACCGCGGGUUACCGGAGCGCCAAAUACACCCCCGACGAGUGGUUCAACAAUAACACCGCUCUGUUAAACCGGGCCGCCGCCGAGCGAAACCAGGCGGAAAACAUCUGCCAUGAGUCCCGAGCGCUGAAAGCGGAGACCGACGCGGCUACUUUACGCACGCAGACCGAGGGCACCACACACCUGGGCGCCCGGCUGCAAGAUAUCCACCUCUGGAGGUCCGAGCUGGAGCGACUCAUCGAGCGGCUCAGUGCAGAAACAGACCUGCAGAUCAGCUCCAGGCGGCGGUUGGAAAAAGCGCUGGACGCCACGGAGAUUCCCUUCGCCAUCGCCACCGAUAACCUGACCUGCCGGGAGAGACGCUUCGGUCCCGACCUGGUGGAGGACCCGGUGGAGGAGGAACUUCUGAAGGAGGUGGAGCUGAUCAGAAGCAUCCAGACCCUGCUGAAAAAAACUCUGGACCAAACCGUCAACCAGAUCAGGCUGAACCGGGAGGUGAAACACACUCUUGAGUUGGACUGGUCUGAUAAACAGCAGGCAUACAGUUUGGAUGACCUCUGUGGACGAUUCAGCAACAGGAGCACCGACACACAGCGGCAUCCAAGUUCAGCAGUGCUUCAGGAUCAAGUGUGUGAUGAGGAGGUCUGGCGUAAGUUCACUGUGGAUAACCUGCGGCUGGCGGAGAGAGAGGAGAUGGCGAGUCAGGCCCUGAGGCGCCUGACUGAGCGGGUCCUGCAGGAGACCACGGAGGACCUGCGGGCGCAGUGUGACGCUGUAGAUCGAGCCUUCACUCAGCGCUGCGUGGAGAUGAGCCAGGCCAAAACACAGCUGGAGCUGCAUCUGGCACAGAUUCUGGAACAGAUCGGGGCUCAGGAGAGAAAUAUCUCACACCUACAGGAGGCGGUGCAUGAUAAAGAAGCUCCGCUCAGAGUGGCUCAAUCUAGACUGCAUUACCGGACCCUCAGACCCAACAUGGAGCAGUGCAGAGACCAGCCACAGCUCAGUCUGUUAGGUGAGGCAUCCAAGCUCAGCAAUACAGUGUCAACUCUACAGCAGCAGCUUUAUGAAGCACAGAAGUCUCUGUCUGACCUGGAGGAGAGCAGACUGAACCUGGAGAAAGACAUCGCCUGCAAAACAAACUCCCUUCUUAUUGACCGAGAGAAGUGCAUGACGCACCGCACAAGAUACCCUACCGUCACGGUGCUGUCUGGGUACUGA